AAAAGAUAAGAAAAAUCGUACUUGUGAACGAUGUGGAUAUAUAUGUGCAACACCACAAAUGCUUCGUGCCCAUCUUAAUCGAAAAAAUCCAUGUCAUCCUAGAAAUAUAGCUCCACUAAUUAGUCCAAUUCAAGUACCAGAUGAUGCAGAGCAUCGAAUCUCCAAUUUCCCUAUACCUGAAACAAACCCUAUUCAAAUACCCGAUUCAGUUCAAGUUCAACCUACCAAAAUAUCUAGUACUUCUGAUACACUAUUCUCAGAUCAAAAAGUUGAAUGGGGAUAUCAAAAUGUGAAAAGAAAAUUAG